GUCUGCUUGCAAAUGGCUUUGAGGUUUUUUGGAAAAGCUUGUGUGCGCACUGUGCACAGGGCUCAACCUAGAAUGACAUGUGCGCGGAAUCUGUCACAAGAGUCCUUCGUUGUUGAACACGACAGCAAGAAACGGGAAUUCUUUAUCAAACUCGGCAAAGAUAAGGCUGUCCUGCAGUAUGAAGUGAUUGAUCCCAAAACACUCGAUCUGGUCCACACAGAAGUUCCCGAGUCUUUGCGAGGCAAAGGCAUUGCCAAGCACCUCGCCAAGGCAGCCUUUGAUUACCUUGUCAGUGAAGACCUCCAGGCAAGGCUGUCAUGUACAUACCUGGUCAAGUACUGGAAUGAAACCAAGAAUCCACAACACACAGAGCACAUUUUGCAUUGAUGUGCUGGAAAGCCCUGUGCAUUUCUAACAUACUGUACUUGUCAAUAAAA